UUUUCAUAUGGUUGUUUUCUACUGGAUGGAGUUGCUGGCCAUAUGUCUAACCCCCUUUUUUAUCUGAACUCAGGACAGGCAGUAACCUUUGUAGGGCUGCAGGCGGAGUUAUCGCAUGUCAUAUAAUGCUACACUUGAAGUACAAUCGAGAUAUCUGAGAGGUCUAAAAACAAAGUCUCUGUGCGUUAAAAACGCCAUGUUAAACCUUUUUCCUUAAAAUCACAUACCUCAAGCUCAAUAAGUCAGUAUUAUUUUAGGAUAUACAUGAUAACUCAUUUCAAAUGGUGUAUUAACUACCAGUUUCAUACUUCCACAUUUCAAACAAGGAUUUGACAGAAAUAUCACCAUCAAAUGACUCUGGCUUAACUACUGAUGUCUCAGUUUGUGAUGUAACUGUUCAACUCAUUUUUCAAUGAUAAAAGUAGCUUUUCAUAGAGUUUUGUUCUCUGAGCUGGAUAGUUUUUUCAUGAUGCUAAUAAUAUCGUUCAAAAGAACGAUGAAAACUCCACAAUCAAACCAUCCAAUUUAGAGCACAAAACUCCAUCAAAAUCAUCCACCGAAGCUAAAAAUCUUUACCAUCUCAUAAAAGUAACUACUUAAUUGUUUAAAAGUGAAUUGAAUAAUUUAUAAAUUUAAUAUUAAAUCCCUUAAAUCUAAUUGGUUGAUAUUUUAGUAUAGUUUUAUUUAACCUUACAAUAGUACCUAACCUAUAAUUACAUUGUAUAAAGAGACGGUCUAUGUCAUAUCAGAUCAAAUCAAAUAGAUUCAUUUGAACUGAUCAAUUCCAUAACUACUCAUUAUGACAUUUUGAAUUGUUUCUAUUCUUCAUUUUUGAAUAUUAUUAUUUAAUCAUUAUUGAUCAGUAAUAAGGACUCAUCGGAUCGUUGUCAGUCAGACAAUGAAUUGAAUAAGUUAGACGAAUCAAUUCUUCUUCAGAAAACUGAAAUCUCAAAUAAAUUUAUAAAUUAUAUAACAAAUACUAUUGAUAACACAAUAAAUUCAAUGGAUGAUUCAAAUACAGACAGGAGAAAAGUCACAAUUAGUGAACCAUCAGAUAAGCUAAGUCAAGAUAUUCAAUUAAAAGCUGAACAAAUUCUCACUGAUUUACGUUCAUUACCAUUGAAUUAUCCUAUAAAAAGAAAAAGAAAACCUAAUAUGAAAAAUUUAAGUUCAACUGCACUUAAUAAAAAUAAACAUGAAGAUGAUGAAAUCGGAGAUCUAGAUGAUAAUGAUGUAACUGCUCUAUUAUCUGAUGGUGGAGAUGAUGAUAGCAAUGAUGAAUAUAAGGAAACAUUCCAACUUAUAAAUGAUGAUAAUCAAAUGAAAUCACCGAAUAGAACUAGUUCCAAGAAGUUUGAAAAUAUACAACAUAAAUCAAAUUUAUUAAAUAUACGUUGUGAUAUGUUACAAAAAUAUAUUCAUUAUUUAGAAGCACGUAAAUGUUCAUUAGAACAUUCUAUUAUAGAAUUAAAUCAAUAUUUUGAAAGAAAUCAACAACAACAACAACAACAACGACAACAACAGCAGCAACAACAAAAUAAAAUAAAAGAAAAUGAAUGUAAAAUAGAUCCACAACAAUUCGAAGAAAUACUUACAAAUCAAAGCAUUGCAUUAAUUAGAGAAAAAGAACAAUCUACACAAUAUCGAUUAAAAUAUGAAUCAGUUGAAGCUGCACGUUUUGAAUUAAGUCAACAACUUCAAUUAACUUCAUCUGAAUAUGAUGCAGAUAAGAGAUUUUAUCAAAAACAAAUUAAACAAUUAGAAGAAGAAAUUCAAGAACGAAUCAAUAAAGCGAAUGAUAUUAAAUAUGUUAAUGAACAAUUACAAAAUGAAAUACUAAAUUUUAAAAGUCAAAUAAAUUCCCUUAAAGAGGAAUUAAAACAAAAAGAAUAUGAAAUGAAUAUGAUUGGUCAGUGUUAUGAUCAGAAAAUAAAAGAAGAAAAUGAACAACAUGAGUUAGAAAUUGUAAAAUUACAAAGAGAAAUAACCGACCUAUCAGACAGAACUUCGAAAGCAUCUACAAAAUCUGAAUAUGAAAUUGAUACAUUAAAUACACAUUUAAGAAUAAGUCAAAAUAAAAUUCAUGAUUUAUUAUGUGAAAAAGAAUAUCUCUGUAAACAACUUCAAGAUAUUACUCACAAAUUAAAUAUUAGUAGUCAAGAAAAAGACGAACUACAAAAGAAAAUGGAUAGUGAGUUAUUGAAAACAAAACAAGAGAAGGAAAGUGAAUUCAUGGAAAUUCAAACAAAUUUAAAAGAUCAUAAAAGUAAACUAAAUGAAAUCCAACUAAAAUAUGAUACAGAUAUUGAAACAUUGAAGAGGAAUCAUGAAGUAGAAAUUGAAAAAUUAAAAAUCGAUUUGAAAGGUAAUGAAUCUUUGAACAAUCAACUUAAGUGUUAUAUCAAUACAUUGGAAAAUUGUAUUUAUAAUUCAACACAACAGAAACAAUUCUGUAAUCAACAAAUACAAACUGAUAUAUGCUUAAAACCAAUAGGAUCAAAUGAAGAGAGUCAAAAAUCAAACAAUUUGAAAGAUAUUUCUUCUGAGCCUAAGGUUCCGUCGACUAACUUCCCGAUUGUUAAUAUGAAUAACAAUUCGAAUUUGAAAUAUUUAACGAGUGUUAAUAAAUCUACAGAGACUAGUCCUGCAUAUUUCGAUUCAAUUAUGAAUAAUAAAAAUGUACAAUUGUCAAAACAUAAAGAUUAUCAACAGCUUAUUGAUAAUUAUGAAAAUAAAUUAUCACAUUUACACUUUUGUUUACAUCAAUUACAUCAUGAUUAUGAUUCAUUAAUUCAUUUAUUUAAUAAUACUAUUUAUGGAAUAAUUAAAUUUGGUAAUCGAGAAUGUAAUCGUUUUAGUAAAUUAUUAAAUAUAUCUAAUCAAGAAAUUGAAAUUCCUUCAUCAUUAUUACAUUCAAAAUUAUUCCAUCCAUUGAAAACAUUGAAUCAAAAUGGAAGAAUUUCAAAUUUAACUGAGAAUACUUUAAUUAUCAAGAGUUGGAUAAAUCCAUUGAUAGAUGUAAUUGGUAAAUUAUCAGCCUAUUGUAUAAGAAUAUGUGAUUUAAUUGAAUCACAACAAGAUCAUUUAGAAUGGCAAUCAGAAAAUGUUAAUGAACUUCGUGAUAUAACUAGAAAACAAAUUGAAAUGCAAAAUAAGCAAUUAAUAAAAACACGUAAAGCUAAUUUGAAUCGUUUAAGAAGUUGUUUAAAACAAAACCAGCAUAAUCCUUCAUUAAAUGAAGUAAAUAGUAUUUUAUCAAAGGAUCAUUCGGAUUCAUAUCCUAUGGUAUACACUAAUGGUAAUUCAGAUAAAAAUAUUGGAUCAAAACUUGAUUACAAUAUGUCUACAUUAAAAAAUUCAAUGUAUCCACUUAAACCAGUCGAUUCGAAUUCAUACUUCAAUGAUAAUAUGAAUAAACUAAUAAAAACACAACAUCAUGGCUAUUCUCCAGUAUCUGGAGUGAAUGGAUCAUUUAAUAAAUCACCUCCACCACGUUUACUUCAUAAAAAUAGUAAUAUUUCUCCAUAUGAAAAUAUGAAAUGUUUCAAUAAUAGUGAAAACUCAUAUAAUCAAGAUGGUCAGUUUUAUUCAUCUUUAGAUAUAGAUACUUGUUUCACAAAAUGGUUAAAUGCUGCUUAUCGUCGACAUACCUGCUGAACAACUUUACAUAUCAUGGUAAUUUUGUUUUGAACUCAACAGUUAAAUAAUCGUCGACAGCUAGUCUCAAGUUCAUGUAUACUGUUUAUUGAGAAAGAUUGAGGAUGCACAUUGUUUUUUAUACCCAAACUCAUUGAGGAUUAAAAGGGUAACUAAUCGGUGUAAGAAAUGCCGCAGCAUCUAAAAUAUUUAUAUGGUUGUUUAACAUUAAUUUUUUGCUAGACUUUCUUUAAAGAAUGAACAUUGAAUGCAAUAAUAACAUCUUCAUUCAUGUAUGAAAAGUUAUUGUCCUAUUUGUUCCUACACAAACAUACACAUUCAACUUGACUUUUAUGCUAUUCUGAUUCAAUAAUUUUAAAAAAGAUUCAUAUAUUAUUAUUAUGAAGAGGAGGUUCAAGGGCCCCAUGUUCGAACCCCUCUCCAUUUGCUUCGGUCUGAGCAGUCAGAUAAUAUUAUUAGCUGUUCUACUUGGAGUAUCGCUCAUCCUCAAGUACCCGGUGGAUGAGUUAAUGUAGUGUGUGUGUGUGUGUGUAAUUUUUGUUAUUCAUUGUUGUCUGAUUGUAAAACGUUAUUUUUGAUUAUCUAAUGUGUAUGAAGUGUUUACCAAUCACAAAAUUCAAUCAGCUUAAUACUAUGCGCCCAAUUCCUGUUAAUUAAUAAAAUAUGAUAUUAUCAUCUAGUCUGUUAGUCCCUAUAGCUUUAUUUGUUAUGAAGCUCUCCAACUAUGGAUAUGAAGCACACAGAUUACAGUUAGGUUUUGAACCUGAAAAAUCAUGUCAUGAAACAUGAUUCAUUUAGCAUAAUAAACAUCCUUAUGAAAUGUCACCUCCUUGUAAAAACAAACCACAAAUAUAUUUUCUAAUGAAUAAACAUUUACACUGUCAAGAUUAUUAGAUAAAGAACUUGAAAUAAACAUUGAAUGGACCGAAAUUGAAUGCUUCAUUAGACAAUAAUAUAUGUUAAAAAUGAUGCAUAAUGACUGACUAGGGUUACACUCUUUUCAUUAUAUUUUAUUAGGUGAUUGGAGCCAGUUGGCAAGAUACCCUACACCUAGGUUAUGUGUUAAUUACCACUUGCUCGGAAGGUGUAGUUGAGGUCUUACAGAGCUGUCCUUUCAUCAGAUUCUUAUUUUGGCCAACCAGUUUUACAGUUAGUGAGCUAUUAGGUUAGUGACUAAUGAGAUCUUGAGUUACUGAGACUAGUGAUAACAUUGUAAUUUGGCAGAUAAAACUUCAAUAUCACUAAGGGCUGAACAAACUUGAAUUUCGUUACUACUUAGUGACCGAAUAAUCUAAAUACUGUAUUCAUUCAGAUCACCAUAUCAUUUCACUGUUAUACUAUUUUAUUGUUCGAAUCAGCACUAACAUUCUUGUCAUUUAACUGUUGUUUUAAAUGUGAAUAAUAUUAGUACACCUUAUGCACAAUCUAUAUUCUUAAUAUCAAUAAUUCGUAAAAUGCCAUUAUAACUAUAAUUUUAUGCAUAUUUAUUUAUAUAUCCAUAGACUUUAAAGGUAAUUUUUAUGACAGAAAUAGAUAGAAAAGAGCUCAUUUGAAUAAGAAAUGUUAUACAGCUAUUUCAUCCUAAAUUCACUUGGUAUUGUUUGGCUUGUAUUUUCCC